CAUUCAAGCAUAGCGACGGCGACUACGGCGCGCGAUCAGCUCAACAGUGUUUCCUCCUACUCGUGAUACCCUUGGCGAACCUUCUUCACCAACUUCGGGAUGACGAACCAGCUUGUGGGCGAGAUCUACAAGAAGAUCAUUGAGGAAGUCGUUGCCGGUUCGAAAGAUCAGUUCGAGGAGAGCGGCGUAAGCGCAUCUGUGUUGGAAGAUUUGGCGAAAGAAUGGAGAACCAAGCUCUCUGCACGCAAUGUAGCAGUCAUGCCAUGGGAUCCUAAAGCUGCACCGCCACAGGCACAAGCUACAACUGCUUCGCCGCUACCGUCUGCAGCAAAUGGUCUGCCGUCGUAUCCUUACGACGGUCAAGCCGGUGCCGUCAACGGUAGUACUUAUAUCAAAGCUGAGCCCGGAGCGGAGGCACAGUAUCAUGGACUUUCAAACGGCUAUUCGCGUGAACCACCACCCACCCAAGGCGGAUUUGCCCGGGCGCAGCAACUUGUACAGCAACAGCAGGCGCAACGUGGGCUCGCGCUUCCCGGCCAGCGUCCGCAAGGCUUGCAGAUGCCCACGCAAAGUGCACAGCAGUAUGCGCAACAACAGCAGCAGUACAACAUGCAACGUCAGCAGCAAGCAUUGCAGCAACAGCAAGCCCAGCCUCGGAUCAAGGUCGAAAAUGAAACCCCUCAAGUGAACCAAGGCUCUUAUACUCAACAACCUCGGCCGCCAACUGCGACAUAUGCGCAGACUGAUGGCGCAGAUGAUGCGCUUCAGCAAUGGCAGUCUCAGCUUGCACAAAGACGCGCAGUCACGGCCGAGCAAACCCGGCGUGCUGAUCGUAUGAUGCGGGAUCAAGUCCUGCAAUCUUCGGCAGACCUACAGAGUGGCUUGAUGUUGCCUCUCGGCGAGCAGCCGGGCUUGUAUGACCGAAAGCGUCGCGGAACUGCUCCGAUCGCGAGUGGCUCGAAAGCCCAAUCACAGCCUUCGAUUUCUCAACUCGACGGAGACAACGACUUCGAUGACGAUGAGGCUAAGAUCAAAGACGAAGAUGACGAAGACGCCAUCAACUCAGACCUUGAUUCGGAUGAAGACCCUACAGGUAACAUUGGUGACGAAGAAGACGACCUCGGCGAUACCAUCCUUUGCACCUACGACAAGGUGCAGCGGGUGAAGAACAAGUGGAAGUGCACGCUGAAGGAUGGCGUGAUGAGCAUAAGCGGCAAGGAGUGGGUCUUCCAUAAGGGCAUGGGAGAGUUCGAGUGGUGAAGCGUUCGCUGCGCCCUUCAAGUCGAAAAUUUCGACUGAAUCACAGCGGCGUCGAUGAGUCAAACCAGCUCGACAUUCGAAACGGCGCAUUGGGUCGGAGCACUAUGCCUUCGUGCGAUUGGGUAGAGGACCGUAAGCUGUAGCGAGCGGCGUCCGGAC